AUGUAUCGGGGGCGAGCUUUGUAUAUUGCCCAGGUGGUCCUUGUGGUGUUCCCAUCCUUCUUUCUGUUUGGUUACAAUCAAGUCAAUGUCGGGGGUUUGCUCUCCUUCGCAAGCUGGAUCAAAGCUUUCCCUCAAAUCGAUACAAUCAGCACAACAGCUAAUACCAAAUCCCACAAUUCCGUGAUACAGGGUGUCUAUGUCUCCUCUUUCACUCUUGGGGGACUAGCCGGCUCAUUAUCCUGUUCAUUCAUUGGCGAUGUACUCGGUCGUCGGAAGACGGUCCUCAUCGGUGGCAUUUUCACUUUGAUUGGUGAAAUAGUCUCGUGCACUGCAUUUCAACUCCCUCAGUUAGUUGUCGGACGCAUCAUAACAGGCAUCGGAAUAGGAGUACUCUUCACCAUGGUUCCCAUCUGGCAGGCUGAAUGCUCAAAGCCCACAAAUCGGGGAAAACAUGUCGUGAUCGAUGGGAUCUUCAUAAGCAGUGGCUAUGCAAUGAGCUACUGGGUCAAUUUUGGCUUCUCUCAUAUGGAAGAGCAGUCUGCAUCAUGGCGGGUGCCAGUCGCAAUGCCAGCUGUCUUGUCCAUCAUUCUGAUUUCAUCGAUCUUCUUGUUCCCCGAAUCACCUCGCUGGCUUGUGCGUAUCGGCGAGCGAGCCAAUGCAGCCAAACAGCUGGCUCGUAUAGGAGAUACUGGUAUCGAUGCAGAUGAAGUUCAACGUGAGAUUUCCUCCAUUGAGUUCUCACUUGAGGAAACCGCCCAGACAGCAGCCUUUGUUAAGGACAUCUUCAGUAUGAAGGAUGGAAAACUCUUUUAUCGCUUCAUGCUAUGUCUUGGUAUUCAGUUUUGGAUCCAGAUGACCGGCGCCAGCGUUAUCAGCACAUAUUCUACCACCAUCUUCCGCGAGAACUUGGGCUUGUCAAGCCCACUGUCCCGCAUACUUGGCGCCAGCGCCUUGACUUGGAAGUUUCUUGCGUCCUUCGUUUCGUUCUUCACUAUCGAUCGCUUUGGUCGGAGGAAGCUCUUCUUGUUCUGUGGGGUCGGCGUUACACUGUGCAUGACAUGCAUGGCUAUUACGUCGAGCUUUUCGAGUACGAAUCAUGGUGCCUCUGUGGCCGAUGCUUUUUUCCUUUUCUUGUUCAACUUCUUCUUCCCAAUCGGACUUCUAGGGCCCAGCUUCCUCUAUUGCACGGAGGUUGCACCAAUAAGGCUUCGAGUGGCGAUGACCUCAAUAUCCACCGCUAACCACUGGCUCUGGAACUUCUUAGUGCAGAUGAUCACCCCCGUCGCACUGGCAAAUAUAGGAUAUCAGUACUAUAUUGUUUAUGCUAUUAUCGGUCUUACCUUCGUUGGGUCAGUGUACUUCUUCUAUCCUGAGACCAUGGGGCAGAGUCUGGAACAGCUGGACGAUUUGUUCCAGAACGACAUAUCUAUUUUGGAGACAGUCAAAAUGGCCAAGAGGCUAUCCAAGAUGCCCGGCACUGCGAUGCCGGAAGUGGAGCUCAAAGGGCAGGUGGAGCAGGUGGAGUACUCUGAGCAGUCGGUGUGA